AAUGGCCAACCAUAAAGCCAGAAGUGCUGAGUAAGGGGCUGUCUACUGUCUCUGUCUUGUAGUGUUGUCCAAUUUCAACAGUUUCAUUUGAAUCAUCCAUGGCUUGUACAAUGAAUAAUUCUAUUUCCGAUCUUCUCAGCCCGGAUUGGUUGACAUCAGAACACAGCACAGGCACGUCAAUUAUGGCUGUAGAAUUCAAUGGUGGCGUUGUCAUUGGUGCCGAUUCGCGCACCAGUACUGGUGCAUAUGUAGCAAACAGGGUUACUGAUAAGCUGACCAAAAUCACCAACCAUAUCUACUGCUGCCGUUCUGGCUCCGCUGCAGACACUCAAGCCAUUGCUGAUAUUGUUAACUAUCAUUUGGAAUUUCAUGAAGUUCAGUUGGGUGAAGCUCCUUUGGUGAAAACAGCAGCAAGUGUCUUUCAAGAACUUUGUUACAAUUACCGAGAUCAAUUAACAGCUGGUAUUAUUUGUGCUGGAUGGGAUAGACGUCAUGGUGGACAGGUCUUUAAUAUCCCUCUUGGAGGAAUGUGUGUCAGGCAAUCAUUUGCUAUUGGUGGUUCAGGUUCAACUUAUGUCUUUGGAUUUGUUGAUUCUAAUUUCAAAAAAGGCAUGACAAAGGAUGAGUGUGUCCAAUUUGUGUUGAAAACCCUUGCAUUGGCAAUGAGCAGAGAUGGUUCCAGUGGUGGUGUUGUUCGUUUGGGAAUUAUCACAGAAGAUGGAAUUGAACGUCGUACAGUUUUGGGUAAUGAACUUCCACGAUUUUACGAAGAUUGAGAUUUUCAAUGUAACUGCUUAUGAAAGUACCAAUACAUAAAAGAAGACUUUAAACACA